AGAGGGCGGCGGCCACGGCGACGCCGCUUCCGCCCGGCGCCAAGAUGGCGGCGCCCUUUGUCUGUUCCGUGUCACUCUGAGCGCCGCCGCCAGUCGCCCGUCGGACGGGAUUAUGUGACGCUCCCGGGAUGGCAGACAUGGACUUCCCUCAGCACAGCAAGCAAGUCCUGGAGCGGCUCAACCAGCAGCGGCAGCUGGGCCUGCUCUGCGACUGCACCUUCGUGGUGGACGGCAUCGACUUCAAGGCGCACAAGGCGGUGCUGGCGGCCUGCAGCGAGUACUUCAGGAUGCUCUUCGUCGACCAGAAGGACGUGGUGCACCUGGACAUCAGCAACGCAGCAGGUCUGGAACAGGUGCUGGAGUUCAUGUACACGGCCAAGCUGAGCCUGAGCCCGGAGAACGUGGAGGACGUGCUGGCCGUGGCUGGCUUCCUCCAGAUGCAGGAGAUUGUCAGCGCCUGCCACUCGCUGCGGCCGUUCUCGGGGCCGGCGGAAACCAGCGCGACUUGCCCGGAGGCCCCGGCAGCGGAGGGGCAGGAGAAAGCCGCCGGGGGGCAGAGAGACGCCCUCGGGGAGCCGGAGGAGACGGCGCAGGUUCCCUCCAGCAGCCUGCAGAAGGCCGAGGUCACGGAGGAAGAGGAGUCACCACCGGAGGAGGAGGUGGCGGCACCGGCUGAGGGCCAGGCCGCUAGCCAGGAGCCAGCCGCUGACGAGGCUGUGGAGGCCAGCCCAUCCAGCGUGGCCGAGACCCCACAGCCAGAAGCGCCCUCCUCGGCGGAAGCCAGCCCCACGUCGACAGGCUCCCCCUCUCGGAGCACUGAGGCAGAGAUCCCCAUGUCGAAGCUCCCUGCCGAGAUGGAGGUGGAGCUGGAAGGCAGGGAGGAGGCGGAGGACCAGGACCCCCCCUCCGAGGCCAGUGCCAAGAGCCCCGAGGCCAAGCGGCCGAAGCUGGCCAAUGGCGACGCUCCUGAGGAGACCGAGUCUGGGGGCACCGACUCCGGGCCGGAGAACGCCGGGGAGGCCCGGCUGCUGCGCUCGGGGACCUACAGCGACCGGACCGAGUCCAAGACCUACGGCUCCGUCACGCAUAAGUGCGAGGACUGCGGCAAGGAGUUCACGCACACGGGGAACUUCAAGCGGCACAUCCGGAUCCACACCGGGGAGAAGCCCUUCUCCUGCCGGGAGUGCAGCAAAGCCUUCUCCGACCCAGCGGCCUGCAAGGCCCACGAGAAGACGCACAGCCCCCUGAAGCCGUACAGCUGCGAGGAGUGCGGCAAGAGCUACCGCCUGAUCAGCCUGCUCAACCUGCACAAGAAACGGCACACGGGGGAGGCCAAGUACCGCUGCGAGGACUGCGGCAAGCUCUUCACCACCUCGGGCAACCUCAAGCGGCACCAGCUGGUGCACAGCGGGGAGAAGCCCUACCAGUGCGAGUUCUGCGGCCGCUCCUUCUCGGACCCCACGUCCAAGAUGCGCCACCUGGAGACCCACGACACCCACAAGGAGCACAAGUGCCCCCACUGCGAGAAGAAGUUCAACCAGGUUGGGAACCUGAAGGCCCAUUUGAAGAUCCACAUUGCCGACGGCCCCCUGAAGUGCCGGGAGUGCGGAAAGCAGUUCACCACCUCAGGCAACCUGAAGAGGCACCUCCGGAUCCACAGCGGCGAGAAGCCCUACAUCUGCGUGCAUUGCCAGCGUCAGUUUGCCGACCCCGGGGCCCUGCAGCGCCACGUCCGCAUCCACACAGGCGAGAAGCCCUGCCAAUGCCUGAUGUGUGGCAAGGCCUUCACCCAGGCCAGCUCCCUCAUCGCUCACGUGCGCCAGCACACCGGCGAGAAGCCCUACGUCUGCGAGCGCUGCGGCAAGAGGUUUGUCCAGUCCAGCCAGCUGGCCAACCACAUUCGCCACCACGAUAACAUCCGCCCUCACAAGUGCAGCGUGUGCAACAAGGCCUUUGUGAACGUGGGCGACCUCUCCAAGCACAUCAUCAUUCACACGGGCGAGAAGCCCUUCCUGUGCGACAAGUGCGGCCGGGGCUUCAACCGCGUGGACAACCUGCGUUCCCACGUCAAGACGGUCCACCAGGGCAAAGCCGGGAUGAAGCUGCGGGAGUCCGGGGAAGGAGACGAGCUCAACAUCGUGACGGUGGCCUCCGACGACGUGGUGACGCUGGCCACGGAAGCGCUGGCGGCCACGGCAGUCACCCAGCUCACAGUCGUCCCCGUCGCGGCUCCGGUCACAGCGGAUGAGACGGAAGCCCUGAAGGCCGAGAUCACCAAGGCUGUGAAGCAGGUGCAGGAGGCAGACCCCAACACCCAGAUCCUCUACGCCUGCGACUCCUGCGGGGAGAAGUUCCUGGACGCCCACAGCCUGGCGCAGCACGUCCGCAUGCACACGGCCCAAGCCCUGGUCAUGUUCCAGGCCGACACGGACUUUUACCAGCAGUACAGCGCUGCCACCACCGCCUGGCAGGCCGAACAGGUCAUCCCGUCAGGGGAGCUGCUCUUCCGGGCCCGGGACGGCACUGAAGCUGCGCCAGCUCUGCCCGAUGCGCCACAGACUGCAGAGUGAGCCGCACGGCUGCCCUCGGCCCCGAGGGGGUCUGGGCCCCGGGGGCUGCGGACCGCGGUGCUAUGGCGGGAGCGAAGGGACCGAAGGCUGUGGCCCCUGGGCCUGGGUGUCCCGUCCCGUCCCCCCCGCACUGCUCCAACAUCACUUAUUAGCCGCUAUUUAAAGGACACACAGCGCUACACCAUACUGAUGUAAAAAAAAUUAUUUCUGUAUUUGAGAGAAUCUACAUCUGUGUUAAUAUUUAGGAGAAAUAAAUGCCAUUAUUUUCUAA